GGGGGAACGAAUGUUCAAUUGGGUCGAUAUAUCAAAAAGCCGUAAAGCCGAUAGAAGUCAAGAAAAGUUAGGUUUGAUGAACUAUUGAGGUGACUACAAAGAUAAACCGCUUCUGUAAAGUGACGAAGCUGUGAUGGCAUAUGGACCCAAAGCUUAUUUAGCCGCGAGAAAGGCUACGACCCCGAUUUGCAUGUCACGUGAUACAAAGUUCUACUUUUAACUUUCUUUGAUAUUUUAUACGUUUACAAGCAAUUAGUAAUUUAACUUUUUUAACAUACGCCUGGCCAUGAUCCUCUAUUUUCCCCUAAACUCAGACUCUGUAUCAUCAAAUACAUUGGCUAUUUGCAAAAAGAGAUACGCAUGUGAUUGAUUCAGCCAAUGGGAGUCGAUUGGGGUCGAUGUAGCUGUGUUUGUUAUUUUGCCGUGUAGUGAUGCCUGUGUGCGAGUUCUUUCUCAAGGGACGUUGUCUUUAUGGAGAAAAAUGUUUUAACGAACAUCCGCGAGGACACGGCGGUGGAGGAGACAGAGGAAGUGGAAGUAGACAUGUCGCUUUCCGUGAUAGCUUUGGUAGCGGUUAUCAACAGGGUAAUAACCCAUACAAGUGGGCAUCCAGCAGUCCACAGGCAGGCAGUUCUCAGACCACAGCCUCUGCAGAUGAUAUUGUGAAAAACAUUCCGAAGGAAAUAGAAAUAUGGCAGACAUCAAAGACAUGGCCAUUUUCUUGUAUCGGUUUUGAAGCCAACUUGCCAUCAUUUCCAGACAUCCCUGACCUUAGUCCAGAAGAACUGAGACUGGAAGCAUAUAUGGCCAUUCAACAGAACACUCUCGAUCAAUAUAAACUGAAAGUAUCACAACUUGCAGAGCAAUAUCGACAGUGGCAGGAACAGCUUAAAGUGAACUCUACAGACCCAUCACUUCGACACAGACUGGUGGAGCUCAUAGAAGAGAGCAGACGAAAAAAAAAUAGCGGGUCUUUGAUCAGACCAUCUCUGUUCGGGGGUCAGACAGCCAGUACAGCCAGUAGUGGGUUUGGAACUGGUGCUUCCCACUCAUCCGUCUUUGGUGGUUCUUCUGCCUCAUUUGCUCAGAAUGUCAGUUUCUCAGGUUUUGGGCAGGGGUCCUCACCUUCUGCCUCUUCUACUUCAGUCUUUGGAGGUAACCAAAAUAGUGGAGGAGGAACAUUUGGACAGGCUGGGGCAAAUACAGGUGGCAGUUUUUUUGGAACCAGUACUAGUGCAGUUUUGAACCAGAGUGGUGGAAACUCAGGCUCUUCUACUUCCUUUGGCUUUUUUGGACAAACAUCAUCAGGAGGAGGACUUUUUGGGCAGUCACCAGCAUCCAGCUCAUCACCAGCACAUGGUUUUGGAGCUCAAGCAACAACCAGUCCAAGAACUGGUGGACUUUUUAGUGCACUUCCCAACCAGUCACCUUCAGCACAAGGAAGUGUGUUUGGUGGAGCUUCUCAGACAAAGGGAGCCAUGUUUGGACAGUCAGGUGGUUUCACUAAUGUGUUUCAGAAUAGCUCUAGUGGUAGCAGCUUGGCAGCUUUUCCUGGCUCUGGCAUGCCCACUUCAAAUCAGGGUAUGUUGUCUCCUGGCAAUGUUUCAUUUGGAGCCACACACCCAGGCCAUGACUCACUGUACACAGCAGUGGAUAAGUUAACUGAGGAAGAAAAAGAGCAGUUUGAAGCAAAAACAUUCUCAUUUGGAAAAAUUCCUUUGCGACCUCCUCCAAAAGAAAUGAUCAAUAUUUAAGUUUUUACAGAAAGGUGUAUUUGAUCCUGUGUCCCCUUAAGGUUUUAUAUAGUUCUGCUUUCCUUGAUGUGUGUCUGUAAAGUUACUCCAGUGGAGAAAGUGAAUGUGAUUUUUUUUUUUUUUCAGUGUGUCCCUGAACAUUGAUGGAAGACCAUUUGUAUCUGAUCUCCUUAAUUAUGCAAACAUUUCUUUUUUAUGACAUCUAUUGAAAGUGAUGAUAAUGUUCAAGCUAGUGAGACGAUGUGACAGAGCUACAUGCCUCAAGCAUGUGUUAAAUUUUAUUAACAUUUCCAUAAGCAUCCGUUACAAUGCAGAUUUUAGUUUAUUUACAGAAACACACCUUACAUUUGUUUGUUAAAUGGGACAGACAAACACACAUUGAUUGUUUUGGGGAUUUUUUUUUUCAUUUCUAAUAUAGAUUAUGGUUUUCCAUAUCCUUGUUGGGAUAAAAUCAAAGAAAAUUAGGUCUUGCUUUCCUGAUUGACUGCUAAAAUUAGCCACAAAAGCAAAUUCAAUCAUUCACUUUCGUUCCCAUAUGCAUGUAUAAAAAUGACUUGUUGGCUGCAAUUCUGUUUUAGUCAGCAUGUUCCAGAUGUCGUUCAAAUUCUUGGGAGGAAGAUGCUAGCACUCUUUGACAAUGAAUUUAUAUGCAACUGAUUUGUCUUCAAAAAAUAAUAAAUCCUUAAAGCAAUC